CUCAACUGCUAGAUCAAGGAGCAUCUCCAGACUGUGAACCUGCUUCUUCUGAGGGAGUGCAACCCAAAACAGACUGAAACUUACUCUCCAAGUCCAAAUUCAUAUGUAACCAACAGUACCUCCAUCUUGUCUGGAUUAAUUUCAGCUUGUUCUCCCUGAUCCAGCUCGUUAUACAACUUAGGCAGUAUCCACAGGUUCCAAUUACUUCCUUAAUUGGUUGGUAAAGAAUAAUAUUGGAUGUCAACAGCAUACUGAUAUCACCCCAAACUCCAGAUGGCUUCUCCUGUGGUUUUAUGUAAAUGUUGAGCAACGUGAGGGACAACAUGGAACUAUGUGGGACACUAUCAGUCAGCAGCUCAAGUGUCAAACAGAUAUUAGUCCCAUUGCAUGAAAUGAGAUUGGAAGUCAUGAAUCUGGGAAAGCAAUUUUGUUUCUUUUCUUCCUUCCUAGGAUAUGCAGCCACACCAAUAGAGGGACGCACACAACGCAGCAUCAAUGUCAACUUUUCUUUCAACCCAGAUCGCCUCAAGCAAGCCAGACAAUAUGUGGAGAGAGCCAUCAAGCAACGGAAGAUCUUUAUGAUACAUGGUCCUUACCCGAUCAUCCGAAGACGACUGCUUGUCCGAGGUUGGGUGGAGAGAAAGUUCCCAAAGAUUCCUAAGGUUGUUACUAAGCGGGAACGUUUCCCUGAUGGCGAAGCUGAUGAAGAUGGUGAUGACAGUGAUGCACCUGAUGAUGAUGAAGAAGAGGAAGAUGAGCAGGAUGAUACUGAUGGUACCUAUAGCCUGAUGUCAAGGUUGGUUCGUAACCAGAUCCCUUACUUCAUCUGGACCAAUCGGCGAGAUGUUAUUGAUUGUCGCCACCUGCGCAAGGACCAGAUGAUGAAUCACUACGCCAGGGCAGGCACCUUCACCACCAAGGUAGGGCUGUGUCUUAACCUGCGUAACCUGCCAUGGUUUGACCAGGCUGAUGCAGAUACAUUUUUUCCACGGUGUUAUCGUCUUGGAGCUAAAGAUGAAAAGCAUGCAUUUAUUGAGGAUUUCCGUCUUACUGCAGCCAGGAGCCUUCUCAAAAUAGUGGUGAAGCGUUACUGGAGGAAGCCACUUUUCGUGGCAGCGUCGGAUGAAAAUCGGAAUGAGCCCCAUGGUGGUCAAGGGCCUUCAGAAGCCAAGCAAUGUGUCCGUCACAAGAAAGGAGCCAAUGUCUCAUCCCAGCUGAUUGAGACAGCCAUACAUGCUUGUGAGGAGCAUUUGAGCACCUUGAGACACCAGGACAUUGACAAAGAACCUGGAUCCACCUUGCUAUUGACAAAAGCACACUGGGAGGAUUUUCUACAUAGCUACUAUCAGAUAGCCCAUGAAGGAGCACAGUUGGUGCAGACGGGUGGCCUCAUUGAGCGCUGUGAAGAUAUCUUGCAACGGCUGGCAAAGGUCGUCCCACAGUUGGACAUGGAAGGGGACAGGAGCAUCUGGAUUGUCAAACCAGGAGCUAAGUCUCGUGGCAGAGGGAUCAUGUGCAUGGACCGCUUAGGGGAUAUUCUGAAACUAGUGGACUGUGACCCCAUGAUUGUCAAGGAUGGCAAAUGGGUGGUCCAGAAAUAUAUUGAGACACCUCUGCUCAUCUUUGGCACCAAGUUUGACUUGCGGCAAUGGUUUCUGGUGACUGAUUGGAACCCCCUCACCAUCUGGUUCUACCGACAUAGCUACAUCCGUUUCUCUACACAGCCCUUUUCCUUACACAAUCUGGAUACCUCCAUCCACCUGUGUAAUAACUCCAUCCAGAAACAUUAUGAGAACUCCCUGAACCGCCACUCUGAGCUUCCCCCUGACAACAUGUGGUCUUCUGAGCAAUUCCAGAUCCACCUGCGGCAAAUGGGGGCACCAGAAGCCUGGUCAAAGGUGAUUGUGCCUGGCAUGAAGGCAGCCAUCAUUCAUGCCAUACAGACCUCUCAGGACUUAGUGGAGUUCCGCAAAAACAGCUUUGAGCUUUAUGGCGCAGACUUCCUCUUUGGAGAAAACUACCAGCCAUGGCUGAUUGAGAUCAAUGCCAGCCCCACCAUGGCGGCCUCUACUUCUAUCACCACCCGGCUGUGUGCCAGUGUGCAGGAGGACACCUUACGGGUGGUCAUUGACCGCAAGUAUGAUCGCAACUGCAACACAGGAAACUUUGAGCUCAUCUAUAAACAGGCUGCUGUGGAGGUUCCCCAGUACAUUGGCAUCAGCCUUUUGGUAGAAGGCUCCACUGUCAAGAAGCCUCGACCUCCAUCCGAAAAAGGCUCUGGAGCUGCUGACCCAAAGAACAGCUGUGGUGGUCCACAGCAGCAAAGAGUCCCUAAAUUGAUUCGCCGAUGCAGUAACCAAAGUAUUCCUCGUGCACCUACCCCAUGCUGGGCAGCAGCAAACAUCAAGACCACAGAGCCAGGAGCUCCUGGGAAGGAGAACAAAGUUAAGGAGAAGCCCACCCUCAACAAAGUCUUUCCAGGGUUUAAGCUGCCCAGCAAGCUCAAAACAGACCCCCGUAACCGAAGAGUGCUGAUGGCCCACAGUAUGGCUACCACGACUGUCAUGACAGGAGGUAAAGUGACACACCCAGCUCAGCUCUGUGCCAAAUCAAGCUCUCAAGAAUUGACUGCUACCCCACAGGAGCCUACCUUCAGUCAUGCCAAGCUCACUGGCAUGGCAGGUAGGAAGCCGGGCCUGAGGCUGCAUCUGCAGGAAAUCCAUCCUGUCUCUGCUUUUCGGAAGCUGGCUGUGAAAGUCACAAAAGGCAGUCAUGUGACUGCAGGAUGCUGUGACCAUCAUAAAUGUGCACUGGUUGACAAGCGCCCAAAUCACAAUCACAUGACUGCAGGGGAUGCUGCAACAGCCACAACUUUGAGGACUGGUCGCCUGGCUGUUUCCCGCAGGCUCCCCUGUCUCUUCUGCAAAGAUGGAAAGGCUGUGGCAAGUUUGCAAAGGCUGUGUUGCUGCUCCAGAGCUGGGCCUUUACUUCCUGCAGCUCCCAAAUUCUUCUACCGCAAAGCAGUGACCACUUGCCAGGCUCAGGUAUACAGUGAAUCCUUAAGUGCUCACAGGACAGCAUUCCUCUUGCCCUAGGAAGACUUACUGGUUAACCCUGCAUGUAAAAUGAUGGCCUCUCUGUGUGUCCUUCUGCAUCCCCACCUCUCAAGAGGAUGAUCCAAAGCUAUUUCCUGCUGCAGCCUCUUGCAGAAAUGUCACCCCACCCCUUCUGGACACGCUUCCUUCUCCCCAUCCAGUAACCGUUCAUCCUUUCUUCACCUGCAUGCCUAGGAUCAGCAGCAGCUGCCACCUCUUGUACCAGCUUUUGAAAACCAGAUGUCUGUAUUGCCUCCUGUGGGGGGGAAAGAUUCUGAAUCCGCACUGAAUAAUUCUACCCUGGCGGCUGACUCUGUGCCUUCAUUCUGAUAAAAAAAGGGAGGAGAGCUCCAUGUGAGUUGCCUUUAGGAAUUGACCUUGCUUUGCCAAGUGAUGCUUUUGUUAGCGGUUAAUAUCCUUUCUUCGAGUUGGUGCUGGGACUCUGAAAGACUAAGUGGCAUUCAGAAAGGGGGAUUCAAUCCCUGCUGUAGCCCUCUUCAGGAGCUUUUGCUUCCUGUGAUUGGAUGAUGUUCUGAAGUUCUCAUUCGCUUGUCCUGGAAAAGAAGUGGUUUUUGGUGACCUCCUUGACACGUAAGAAGGGAAACGACUGAAAACCAUGGGGAAGCGUUAUGGGAAAAAGGCUGAACUUGCCAAAAGCAAGCGAAACUUCUAGGCCGUUGGUGGUGUUUGAAGCAAAGAACGGGGGGAAAAGCCAUUCAAGAUUCAGUCUGCAGGCUGUGCUUGCAGCAGAGAAGCCAAAUUCAGAAAAGUCCCUCAUCCUUUAAAAAACAAACUGUUUCUCCCAUUAUUUCAAUGGAUAAUUAUGCAAUUAUGCAGUGGUGGUGAGUUUGGUGCCUCUAAAUGCUGUAUUAUGUAUUAUGAGGAGAGUCAAAACAAUCACUUUGAACAUCCUUCUCCAAUGGUGUGCAUAUUUCACAAUAACUCUUUAGUGCCACCCAACUGAUGUGCCAGCGCAAUCGCUGACCAAAUUUGCCCGUGUGUCUCUGGGCAGGCAGCCAACUCAGUCCCCGACCUUUCCAGAAAAAUACAUCUUCCUAAAUGUUUUUCCAUGUUCCUGGUGUCACUCUUACACCCACAAACCUGUCUUCCUGCUCUAACCAGUAUCCACCCUCUGCAUUACUUCCUUCAAAUCCACUACACACACAGUUCAGCUAUAGUGACCUCCUCGUACUCUACAAUUAUCUAAUGUUCACUGAGAAAGUGGGCAUCUGCGGAGGCGGCCAGGGAAGAAUUGGAAGCAUGUGCUUUUUGUCAUUAAAA